AUGGUGCUGCCGCCGCCGGACCGGCGCCACGUGUGCCUAACCACGCUGGUGAUCAUGGGCAGCAUGGCUGUAAUGGACGCGUACCUGGUGGAGCAGAACCAAGGCCCGCGCAAGAUCGGCGUGUGCAUCAUAGUGCUGGUGGGCGACGUGUGCUUCCUGCUGGUGCUGCGCUACGUGGCCGUGUGGGUCGGUGCGGAGGUGCGCACGGCCAAGCGCGGUUACGCCAUGAUCCUCUGGUUCCUAUACAUCUUCGUGCUGGAGAUCAAGCUGUACUUCAUCUUCCAGAACUACAAGGCGGCGCGACGUGGCGCGGGCGACCCCGUGGCGCGUAAGGCACUGACGCUUUUGCUGUCGGUGUGCGUGCCUGGCCUCUUCCUGCUGCUGGUGGCGCUGGACCGCAUGGAGUACGUGCGUACCUUUCGCAAGCGCGAGGACCUGCGUGGCCGCCUUUUCUGGGUGGCACUCGACCUGCUGGACCUGCUGGAUAUGCAGGCCAACUUGUGGGAGCCGCCGCGCACCGGGCUGCCGCUGUGGGCCGAGGGCCUCACCUUCUUCUACUGCUACAUGCUGCUGCUGGUGCUUCCGUGCGUGGCGCUCAGCGAGGUCAGCAUGCAGGGCGAGCACAUUGCGCCGCAGAAGAUGAUGCUCUACCCGGUGCUCAGCCUUGCUACUGUCAACGUGGUCGCAGUGCUGGCGCGCGCCGCCAACAUGGCGCUCUUCCGAGACAGUCGCGUCUCGGCCAUCUUCGUGGGCAAGAAUGUGGUGGCUCUUGCCACCAAGGCCUGCACCUUCCUGGAGUACCGCCGCCAGGUUCGCGACUUUCCGCCACCUGCGCUCGCGCUGGAGCUGCAGCCGCCACCCUCGCAGCGCAACUCCGUGCCGCAGCCCCCGCCAUUGCACGGCCCACCCGGGCGCCCCCACGGGCCGUCGCCCACGCGUGACGUCUUGGACACGUGACAGGGCCGGAGCGGUUCCGAGGACGACUCUGGGGCGCAGAGACACUGGGUGUGCGGUUUGCAUGG